UUAUCGUGUUUAUCGCGGCCGCCUCAUCAUCAAUCGUUGGAGAAAAAGGGGGCUAUAAGAAGGGGAUUUCGAGGGAUACGAGGCUCAGUCGAGCAGACCAAAGCCCGCCGUGCAUGGUUUUUGCGUCUGUGUGCGCGCAAUCGCUUCUUUUCGCAACAUGGCGAACGUUAUAGACUCGUUGUACAGCGACGCCUUGUCCUCGCUGCCCUGCACGACGCCUUUCCUCGGCGGGCCCCAGCUCACCGACGUUUGCUCGGCGAGCAACGGGGAACUGUUCCUCGCCCUUCUCAAUUUCUUCGUCGCCACGAGCCCUGUGAUCGGCGAGCCGUGCCACCGCGUCCACUCCUCGAGGAUACCCGAUCUCAGCUACGAUUUCAUCGUGGUCGGUGGCGGGGCUGCGGGGGCGGUGGUGGCUGGAAGACUGAGCGAAGUUUCAAAUUGGAAAGUUCUCCUACUGGAGGCAGGCCCGGAUGAGCCGGCGGGGGCUGAGAUACCUAGCAAUCUUCAGCUUUAUCUCGGCGGUGAUCUGGAUUGGAAGUAUCGCACGUCGAACGAGUCGCAUGCCUGCAUGAGUAAUGGAGGCAGUUGCUACUGGCCUCGAGGUAAGAACCUCGGGGGGACGACUGUUCACCACGGCAUGGCGUAUCAUCGUGGCCACCCCAAAGAUUACGAGAAAUGGGUCGAACAGGGCGCCCUAGGCUGGAGCUGGGACGAAGUGAUGCCGUAUUACCUGAAAUCCGAGAACAACACCGAGCUGCACAGAGUUGGCACGAAAUACCAUCGAAACGGAGGAGUCAUGAACGUGGAAAGAUUCCCGUACCAGCCCCCUUUCGCCUGGGAAAUCCUGAGGGCGGCCGAGGAGGCGGGUUUCGGAAUUUCCGAGGAUUUGUCCGGGGAUAGGAUCAACGGUUUCACCAUAGCCCAAACCAUAAGCAAGAACGGCGUACGAGUGAGCAGCGCCAGAGCGUUCAUCACGCCGUUCGAGGACCGUAAGAAUCUUCACGUGAUCGUGAACGCGACCGUGACGAGGGUGAGGACGCUGAGCAAGAGGGCGACAGGCGUGGACGUGUUGGUGAACGGGAGGAAGAGGAUCGUAUUCGCGAAACGGGAGGUGGUGUUGUCCGCCGGCACGAUAAACACGCCCCAGUUGCUAAUGCUGUCGGGCAUAGGGCCCAGGGAGCACCUUCGAUCCAUGGGGAUCCCCGUUGUGGUCGAUUUGCCGGGGGUCGGCGAGAAUCUUCACAAUCACCAAUCGUUCGGCCUCGACUACUCGUUGGCCGAGCAAUUUUACCCGACCUUCAACCAGACCAACGUUAACCAAUACUUGUACAAUCAAACGGGCCCGCUCUCGAGCACGGGCCUUGCGCAAGUGACGGGCAUCUGGCACUCCAACUUCACCACCCCCGACGACCCCGACAUCCAGAUAUUCUUCGCCGGUUAUCAAGCGAUUUGCAACCCCAAAUCGAAGAUCGCCGAUCUCUCGGCUCACGACAAACAGGCGGUGAGAAUGUCGGCGUUGAAUCUUCAGCCUACGAGCAAAGGUUAGAUAGAAACACUUCUCUCUUCCCCUCU